GCCAGGCCGGGGAGAGGCCCUGCGGCCCGGCCAUGGGCACGCUGCUGGUGCAGGAGGUGAUGGAGCAGGAGUGGCAGACGCUGCAGGCCGCGCAGGAGAGCCUGCCGGCCCUCGGGGGAAGGGAGGCCCUGGGCCAGAGCUCGUCUGUCGCUGACUGCUCCCGAGAAUAGGAAUAAAACUUUAAUGUUUUACAAAGCAAAUUCUUGGACAGACCCUGUUCUGAUCCAUCGUGGCUGGCUUUGCACAGUGGCAGCUCAGUCAGGUGCUGGAAGUUCAGUGAGAAGGUAGCCAGAAGGGAGAGUCACUGACUGAUGCACCUUUCAGAUGCUGGAGGACCCUGAUGAGCUAGCAGUACUGGAAGAGAUCCAACAAGAACUGAUCUUGCAAGAACAGUUGGUUAUAGAAGAGUACGAGCGAAGCCUGCAGUUUGAUGAAGAAUGUCUCAACGCGAUGCUUGAUGGCUUGGAUGCCAGCGACAAGAUCAUCUGCCCAGUGUGUAGAAAGAAUAACCUCACUGUGAGGAAUCACUUUGUUUUCUGCCAGUGUGGAUUAUACAUCAGCACGCAGAGUAUGACAGAAGGGAAGCUUCGGUCGCUUCUAGAAAACACUCUAACAGAGCACAGUCACAGGUGCUUUCACAACCCGGAGUUCACAGUGACCAGUGGAAUGGAGGAGGAAGCCAGUCUUCUCAUGAGCUGCGCGGUGAGUCUAACGUCAGGAAAGGCUCUCCGCUAGGAUCCACUUCUCAGUUACCUGGGUAGAAACCACAAGUCCAUUGAUCCCAGGGGUUUGGUUGCCGUUUUGCCCACAGACUUCCUUGGAAAUGGUUUUACUUUUGACCACCAGUAACUGUAAAAGGAAGAGCCAAAUUACACAACUUACCUUUGCUGCUGGAUUAGGGAAUCGUUCAAGGAGCUGUCAAAUUUAGUGCCUUUUACCUUUUUCACACCUUGGCCAACAACUUCCAGGUUUUGUGUGCAGCAUCUGUCCAGAUAAGUGGCUCAUGAAGAAGUUUUAAAAAGUACUUCAGUUUAAGCCUCCUCAAAAUGCUUGCCCCUACCCCUUAGAAAACACGUACCAUCCCUUUGGCCCAAGCUGGAGCUAGCAUGUUCUUAGCUUUGCUGCUUACGUAAAACUACUGUGAGGGCAGUGUUAGGAGCAGAGCAUUUCAAAUAGUUUUGAACAUUAGUAAUUAAUUUUAUACAUUGCUAUCGCUUCUCUGUUCAAUUUACCUUUU